AGCUUGAAUUCUCCCUCAUGGUUCUCCAAAGUCCCCACAUUGGUCUUGCCAUUGGUCUCACCUGUGCUGCGGGUUCUGCCUCUCUCAUUGGAUGUGCCAUUGCCUUCUUACCGUUUGCUCAAGACUCCCGGUUCCUUGCAGGCUGCCUCUCGCUAUCCGCUGGCGUUAUGGUCUUCGUUAGUCUGGUAGAGAUUCUCAACGAGGCAACAAAUCUUAUACAUGAGGGAGGCUUGGCAGAGGACUAUGCUUUCAUGUCCGCUGUUGGUGUGUUUUUCCUCGGUUGUUUGUUAACUCUGUUACUUGAUUUGCUAAGCGAGUAUAUUAUGAAGCGUAGAGGCUCAUCCUCGUUGCCCGCCGCGCAUAUGGAUAUAACUGAGGACCACGGUGGGGUUGGCGAGGCUGCAAUAGCCUUUCGGGAGCUCGGUGGUCGCAAGAACCGAACAGGAGAUGUGGAGGAUGGGAGCGUCGACGAUAAGGCAAGAGUAAAGCUCCAGUUGUUGAAGACAGGCGUGUUCACGGCUAUCGCCAUAUGUUUGCACAACUUCCCUGAAGGGAUAGUUGGCUUUCUCGGCACCUUAGAGGAGCCAAGUGUUGGAGUCUCCCUGGCUUUUGCCAUCGGUGUUCACAAUAUUCCCGAGGGUAUUGCCGUCGCCGCUCCAGUUUUGAAAGCCACUGGUAGCAAACUACAAGCCUUUCUGUGGACUCUCUUAUCAGCCGUCGCUGAGCCCCUGGGAGGUAUACUUGCCUGGUUGAUUCUUGGUGAUCUGCUAGGGCCCUUUUCUAUUGGGUGUAUGUUGGGUCUUACAGCCGGAAUUAUGACCUAUAUUGCAAUUCUCAAGUUGCAGACGUUCGCGGUACUUCAUGAUCCCAGCAACAAAUGGGCCGGCAAUGGUUUCUUAUUGGGCAUGUUCAUUAUGGCUCUGUCUCUCGUUCUGUUUCGUAUACCGUAGCGAUAACCUAGCCACGCACCACUCUAAACACAAUCGAUGUUAACGAGAAUGCUGCAGAAAUAGUGUUAUCUUGUUGUAUUCAAAUUCUUCCACUGUUCACGCUGCCUCUUUGUCUUCUAUGAAGCUAGGUUGUUGCGAAGUUUGUCCUACUAUCUCAACGUUAGUGUCACCCCAUCGUGUUUCUGGGCUAUCUAUUCUGACGUCUCACAC